AUGGCGCUAGUUUUAAGAAAAGCUAUUAUACCGAAAAACGUAUCACUGCUGCGAUGCAUCAGAAAAAAGGGUUACGCUACAGCUGCAGCCAAAGGGAUUACGACACCGCUCGUGGCGGCUCCUGUCGGUGACACAGCCCUUAACGUAUCAUGGUGCAGAAUGCGCUUUACUCCGCUAUACGGCGGGGACUGCAGAGGAAUACGUCACUAUGCCGAUAAAAAAGAAGAGGGACGGAAAGAAGAUGCCCAGCCUCAAGCAUGUCCAUAUUGCGCAGGCUAUCAGAAUACCCCUUACAGUCUCGCUGCUUCAUGUGGCCCCCUGUCCACCUUGCGGCCCCUGUCCACCAUGCGGCCCCUGUCCACCGUGCGGUCCAUGUGGACCAUGUCGUUACCUGCCAUGUGGGCCAUGUCCGCCUUGUGGGCCACCGCCUUGUGGGCCAUGCCCGCCGUGUGGACCAUGUCCGCCGUGCGGGCCAUGCCCGCCGUGCGGGCCAUGCCCGCCGUGUGGACCCUGCUGUCCUCCGCCCUGCCCGUGUCCGUGCCCUUGUCCACCGAAAUGCCCGCCGAGAAAAUGCGAAAACGCAGCAUGUCCUACGUGUAG